AUGUCCAAACCACCCUCCAAGUCGGUCUUUGUUGGCAAUAUUCCAUAUGGCCUUACAGAAGAGCAGAUCAUCCGUAUAUUUAGCACAGCUGGGAAAGUGUUAAACUUCCGAUUGGUAUAUGAUAGAGAGACGGGGCGACCAAAGGGAUUUGGAUUUGUCGAGUUCCCAGAUUCAGACUCGGCAGCUUCUGCGGUACGAAAUCUCAACGACCAUGAAAUCAUGAAUCGCAAGCUACGUGUCGAUUUUUCCAAUGAUGGAGACAAUGAUGAUACUGCUGCGCCAGCAGAAUAUCAACCUCCUCCUCCAAUGCCAAUGCAAAUGCCACCCUCCAAUGGCUUCCCACCACCUCUUCCCCAAGACUCGGCUGCUCGAAACUCCUCAAUCCCUCCUCUUCCCCUCGGCGUCGACCUGCCUCCAGGACUAAACUGCCCAGACGCCAUCUCACGAACCCUGAAUACCCUCCCACCCGCACAACUCCUCGACGUACUUUCACAAAUGAAAACACUCGCCACCACAGACGCCGCACGCGCCACCGAACUCCUCCACCAAGCCCCCCAGCUCUCCUACGCCAUCUUCCAAGCCCUCCUCCUCAUGGGUCUCGUCUCAACCGAAGCCCUCUCCUCAGUCGUCGAGCAAGCCUCUGCUGCUCCUCCCCUGCAUAUCCCACAACAGCAGCAGCAGCCACAUCAACAGCAACAGCAGUAUGCGGCUCCACCAGGAAGUUAUCCUCCAGGAUUCCCACCUCCACCGCCGCAUAUGAGUGGGCAAUUGGGUAUGCCGAUGGGAACUCCGCCUACGCAUGCACAAGCUUAUCCUCCUCCACCUCCGCAACAAAGGGCGCCUCCGCCUCAGCAACAGCAACAGCCACCACAGCAGCAGUCGAAUCCUGAUACGGAUGCGUUGAUGGCGCAGGUUAUGGCUAUGCCGCAGGAGUUGAUUGAUAGUCUACCACCGGCGGAUAGAGCGCAAUUGUUGGCUUUGAGGGCUAGUUAUGGAAGGUAG